AUGUUUCGCCAAUCUUUAAGAAGAUGCGCUCGCAUCGGCGGCGCAAGCUUCGCAACCUCAACCCUCCGAGCAACGAGACCCGUUGCCCUCAAGUCAAUCGCGCAGUCUUCGCAAAGCGCACUCCGCAUCCCUGUCAGCAUCAAUGCAUUCAGACUCUACUCUAGCGACGCAGCCGCAGCCGCAGUUGCUGAACCGGCUGUCGAGACAAAGAAGCCCUCCGGCUUGACGACAAAGUUCGAGGAUCUGAACAAGCUGGGCGUGCACCAGAACCUGGUCGACACCAUCACUAGAGGCAUGAAGUACGAGAACAUGACCAGUGUCCAGAGCAUGACGAUCGAGCCCGCUCUCAAGGGCAUGGAUCUUGUCGCACAGGCGAAAACUGGUACCGGAAAGACACUGGCGUUCCUCGUCCCCGUCUUGCAAAGGAUGCUCGAGGCGGAUCCUUCGCUCGCCACCCGCAGGGCACGAUUUUCAGCCGACGCUGGCGACAUCCGUGGAAUCAUCAUCUCUCCUACCCGCGAGCUCGCUGAGCAGAUCGCCAUCGAAGCCCAAAAGUUGUGCGGCAACACCGGCCUGGUCGUUCAGCGCGCUGUCGGUGGAACCAGGAAAGACGAAAUGCUCGCGCGAACGCGGAGAGAAGGAUGUCAUCUCCUUGUCGGUACGCCUGGACGUCUCAACGAUCUUCUCUCGGACGUUCACAGCGGUAUUGCAGCCCCGAACCUGGCCGCAAUUGUCCUCGAUGAGGCCGACCGUAUGCUUGACGUCGGUUUCGAAAAGGAGCUCCGGCAGAUUGUCGGCCAUCUUCCCGACCCAACUGUUACCCCACGCCAGACGUUACUCUUCUCCGCCACCAUUCCCAAGAACGUCAUUUCGCUGGCCCGCGAAUGGGUCCGCCCCGACAACUUUGACUUCAUUCAGACCAUUUCCGACGACGAUGUCCUCACCCACGAAAAGGUGGCACAAUACGCAGUCAACUGCAGGGGCUGGGGCAACGUGAUGCCGACUCUCUACGAGCUGAUGGAAAAUGAGCUCGAGAAGCGGAAGAACAACCCGGACAUGAUGCCCUUCAAGGCCCUUGUAUUCCUCCCAACAUCCGCCUGGGUUGACGUCGUUGGCGACGUUGACGAGAGAAUGGUGUACAGUCGUAACCAAGUUCCGAGCUGGAGGAUCCACUCGAAGCUCUCGCAAGCGGCACGCACCAGAGCAGCCGAGAAGUUCCGCGGAGCCAAGUCCGCUAUCUUAUUCUCCACUGAUGUCACUGCCAGAGGCCUCGACUUUCCCAACGUCACCCACGUCAUCCAGAUCGGCACCCCUUCGGAACGUGAGCAAUACAUCCACAGGCUCGGCCGCACAGGUCGCGCAGAGAAGGAUGGUGAGGGAUGGAUCAUCAUUCCUCAAUCUGAGCUGGACCUGGCCCGCAGAGAGUUGAGGGGCCUUCCCAUCAAGCCCGUCACGUCCCUGGAAGCCGCUCAGUUCGACUUCAGCAGCGGGGCUCAGCCGUCAGAGCUGACGGCAAAGGUCACAGAAAUCUCCUCCCAGCUGAGUGAGGACACUCUACAAGCUGCUUACCUGUCGCUUUUCGGACAGAGCAAGGAUUUGGCCCAGCCGAAGGCCGACGAGCUCUAUGAGUGGUUCGUCCAUGCCAUGAAGAUGGAUAACACGCCCGCCAUAAGUGCCGCCAUGGCCGAGAAGCGCGGUCUGCGCAGGAUCCGUGGCAUAAACAUCAGCGGCUAUGGAUCGAGAAAUUCCAGGGACAACGACGGCGAUCGCGGAUCUCGGGGCGGCUUCUCUGACCGCGGUGGUUACUCCAGCCGCCGGGAGUCCCAGGACCCCUUUUCGAAGAUGGAGUCCACGGGCUUCGACCGCAGUCAGCGCGGUGGUUUUAACCGCGGCGGACGUUCCGACCGCGGGUCCGAUCGUGGAGGACGCUCCGACCGUGGGUUCGACCGUGGGGGACGCUCCGACCGUGGGUUUGACCGUGGAGGACGUUCCGAUCGCGGACGUGGUGGUUUUGAAAGAGGUGAGAGAGCAUCUUUCUAA